AUGAAGAAGCAGUCCAAGCUGUCAGGUGCAGCAAACAAGAAAAGAAAAAAGGAGGAAGAGGAAAAACGAGCCCAGAGUAGAGACACACGGUGGGAGAGUCGAAUCAACAGUGUUGAGGUUGUAAGAUUCCAGGCUGCAAAAGUGAGAGAUGCUCUUUUAGAGGUGAGAGCAAACACUGCAGAUCCAGAUAUUAAAAUUGAAGCACAAGCCUUAGCAGAAGAGGUGGGAUCAUACCGGUUCUCUAUUUGUACGGUGGUGUGGUAUGAUAUCCUUAGAAAAGUUGAAACUGUGAAUAAACUUCUGCAAUCACAAUGCAUCCAUCUGGAUGUAGCUGUUGACAUUCUCAAGAAGGCUGAAACCUCCCUUGUUAGCUACAGAGACACUGGAUUUGCUGAUGCCCAGACAUCUGCCAAAGAGAUAUGUGAGGAGAUGAAUGUGGAAGCUGCUCUAAAGCAGAAAAGACUCAGAACUACUAAAAGGCAGUUUUCCUAUGAGGCCCCUGAUGAACCUAUUACCGAUGCCUUGAAAAAAAUGAGUUUUCAUUUUUCAAUGUAG